GAAAAGAUGGGGUGGUAAAACUGAAAUCUUCGCCGCUCCAUUAUACUCUUCUUCCCCAGCAAUCCACAGCUCGGAGCCCCGGUUCUCUGCACAGCUUCCUGCCCGUGUCCGUCCAGCCGCUGUGGAUGACGCUCGCAGUCGCAGCGACCGCACUCCCACUCCCCUCCAAAGAUGAUACUUGAUUAGGUUGGAAAUGGCAAAGCCCGGUUUCCACAUGGAAACAUAAGUGUUCUGGCCGACACAAUGCGGUCAUAACAUUUGCGACAAAGAGUAUUAAGAGGGAAAGGAGAAAGUUUCAGAAGAAGUCAAAAGAUUCACUGUUGACAAGUGAGGAAGCUUCUUCAGGCGGUGGUGGAAGCGCCAGCACAAGCCUCGAGGUCAAUAGCGAGGAUGUUGCUGCUACUGAUGAUCAAAUUUCAGGUGCCCCAAGGAGUGCUGUUCUUCAGGCAUGCACUCUCACAUCAGGCUUGCUGCUUGCUGGAGGGCUUCUGCUUCGCCAGGCAUCACACCUUGCAUCUUUAAAUGGAUGGCCAAUUUCUGAUCCUACAGAUGUUUCAUUCAAGUUUGAAACAUGGCAUCUCGAGUUGGUAGCAGGGCUUGUAAUUGUAAUCUCCUCUAGCAGAUACAUUCUGCUACAAACAUGGUCAGAUUUCAGAGAUUCCAGUGAAGCCGCAAAUACACAAGUAUGUAACUGUGUACAUCCUUUGAAGUUUGAAGAUAGUUGUCUCAUUUGUUGGAGUUAAUGGUUUCACAUUUUGACUUGCUGAAUGCCAAUAAGGAACAUAGUUCUAAUAUCUCAUAGAGGUUCAUCAUAAUGAGAAGCAUUCUGUUAAACACUGAAAGAUGUAGUUGUUUCACAAAUUCUAUGUUCUAAUCUGUUAUCCUAAUGAAACAAAGAAUGUUUUUGACUGCCUGCACCAGAAGAACCCAUUAUAUAUAUUUGUCCGACGAAAAGAACUCAGCAUAGCAUGCAGUCUUUCAUCAACUUAUUCUUCACUCCCAUCAAUUUUGCAUAUUUGCAGCUACCAAUCCAGACAUGCAGGUGUAGGAUUCUAGGUUCUCUUUUCAUUCUACAACAAUUAGAGUGCGAUGUCUUCUACUGAUGUCAUUUUUGGACUGCAACCCUGCCAAGCUUACUCUACAUCUUUUAGAUACUGCAAAUAUCUUUAUUGAAAUACACACAAUUAUUUUCUUUUCUCCCAUUAGAUCCUUACUUUGCUAGAGCCUUUGGACUACAUUGUUGUUGCUUGUCUCCCUGGGAUAAGUGAGGUGAGCACAUCGAUUCAAAAAUAUUUCUUAAGAACACUGGUUUGAUGAAUAAAAAACUUUACAUAUACUUAUAACAGGAGUUGCUCUUUCGAGGGGCACUGAUGCCUAUCUUGGGAUCGAACUGGAUUAGUGCCCUUAUAAUCGGAACCAUUUUUGGUGUUCUUCACUUGGGAAAUGGCAGGAAAUAUUCAUUUGCAAUCUGGGCAACAUUUGUUGGCUUCGCCUAUGGUAUAGGAACCAUAGCUUCGUCGAGCAUUAUAGUUCCAAUGGCUUCUCACUCCAUAAACAAUAUUAUCGGAGGUUUACUUUGGCGCUUUACCAAGAACUCACAAAAAUAAAUAAAUAUAUAAUACCCUUAAUAGUCAUCCCUGUAAGAUUACUUACAUGUGAAAAGCUGUUGUGUGCUCGUUUGUGUAAUGAAGGAGAUGACGAGAAAGCAAGAUAUGAAGAAUGCUUAUAUGUAUAUAUAGGCCUGGUAGGAUUAGUUUAUUGCAUUGCAUUACAGCACGGUGCUAGCUAACUGUGUGAGUUGUCUUGAAACAACACUGUAGCUUAUGGCCAGUGUAUGAUCCAAUUUUCAACUAUCCAAGCACCCAGCUUAUAAAAGGAUAUGAGAGGGCUUCCCCAGCAACUACAGCUUACAAUGAGCUGGGAGGGUCCAAACUGGGCUUAAGUUGUUCAAAAUUAUGUGUAUUAUAGGCUUAUAGCAUGCUACUAGCUAGCUGAGUGUUGUCCUAAGCUGUAUGUAGGUUGCACUUACACCUGCAAUUAAAAUUCAUAAUUUGUUGUUACAUUUUGAGCUUUCCUCUACCUAUCCCUGGGAUGUUGGUGAAAUCUGAAGAAGCUUGUAGAAUGCAAUAGUCCCAAAGUAGCUGUACUUCUAAUUUGGGUGUGAGAUUAAUAAAAGCAGAUAAUGCCUCCUUUCCCAAAAAAAAAAAUGUUCUUAUAAAAAUACUAAAGUUUCAUUCCAAAAUAGUAAAUUCCAAUAGUUUAGAAAUUUAAAAUAUAGUCUCCAAAGUUUUGACCCUUAUACGACUUACUAUUAUUACGAAGUUUUGCAGAAAAAGGAUAAUUCUUAUGCUACUUUCAGAUUUUUUUUUUUGAGGGGGUUCAAGAUAGUUUUCAGAACAAGCAGGCUGGCCCAAAAGCAGAAAGCACUUAGACCACCAACCUAAAAGGCCCAAAUCCCCUAUCGGCCUAAGGGCUUCGCAAUGGGCCCAUAACUUGAAGACAACAGCCCACGGCCCACCCCUCCUUCACGCUCCUCUACCCUGUCCCCUCUCCCUCCAUUAUCAUUCAUCAGCGCUCGCCGCCGCCGCCGCCGCCGCUCGCCUCGCCUGCUCCAAUCCAAGGCACCCCAUCCCGAACACGAACCCUUCCGCCUCUGCCGUGUGCCGCCCGCCCCCCGGCCUCGAAAGCUCGAACCUUGGAGGAGCCAGGGAGGCUGCAACCCUCUCCUCCACCCUUUGCCGCCGCCGCCAUACUCACGGCAGGAUGGGGAAGCGCAAGCCCAUGCCUUCCGCCGCCGCUCGAGGAGCCAAGAGCCGGCCAAAGAGGCCAAGGUCCGCGAAGCAGGGAGCCGAGUUACGGGAGGGGAAUCCCCAACUGCCGGAGCACGAUGACGCUGAAACUGUAGAUACUGAACCCAGAGCGGCGGAGACUGUUCAGCAUGAGAAAAAAUCCAAUGGAGGCUUUCAAGGCCUAGCGCAGAGUGAUGAAGAUGACACAGAAGAUGAGCUAGGCGCUCCUAGUGGUGACGAUCCAGGUGAUACGGUAAACAAGGGAAACGAUUGUUUCGAUGAAACAGAGACUUCAUGUUCAUUUCAUCGUCAUGUAAGCCGUGUCAUAACAGAUGAAGAAGUCAAGGCAUUGACAAAGCAGAACUCUAAAUUUAAAUGGGAAAUGCCUGCUGUGGACAUUCCAAGAUCCAAAUGGGUUGGAACAGGUGAAAAAAUGCAGGAAGGUUGUGAUGAUCAUCUUCAUGAUGUCAAAGGAAAGUUGAGAGACUAUUGGCAACAUACGCUUUCCAAUCAUCUAAAUUCUCGAAUGAGCUUCUUCUCUCUUUGUAAUAGUUAUCGUGACAUAAUGCAUUGUAAUAAGAAGCCAUUUUAUCUGAAACGUAAUGGUGUGGAUUCCAGUACUAUGGAUGCAUAUAUUAUGCAUGCUUUGAAUCAUGUUCAUAGGACACGAGAUGUUGUCAUUAGAAAUGACGCUAAGCUUAGGAAUGAUGCCAACAGAGACAUUUCGGAUGAUAAUACAUACCUUGAUCAGGGUUUUACGCGCCCAAAGGUUCUUUUCUUGUUACCGUUCAAAAAAUUUGCACGACGCAUUGUGAAGAGAUUGAUCCAGCUUUCCCCGUUGCAACAAAAGAAUGCCAUGGGACCAUUUAAAAAGGAGUUUGGUGAAUCAGAUGAUGAAAUGGAUGUGCCUGAACAUAGCACAAAACCUGCAGACUUUGACCUUCUUUUUUCUGGAGAUAUUGAUGAUCACUUUCUUUUUGGCAUAAAAUUAACGAAGAAAUCUAUCAAGCUGUACAGUAACUUCUAUUCUUCUGAUAUCAUUGUUGCAUCUCCUUUAGCACUUAAACGUAAAAUUGAUGGAGGAGAACAUGGCAAGGAGAAGGAUUUUGAUUUCCUAUCAUCAAUUGAAAUAGUGGUUGUUGAUCAUGCAGAUGUGAUAUCUAUGCAGAACUGGGCGCAUCUGGAGGCUGUCUUUGAGCAACUUAAUCAUUUGCCAUCAAAAGAACAUGGAACCAAUGUGAUGCGAAUUAGGCCAUGGUACUUGGAUCAGCAUGCACAGUACUAUCGGCAGACAAUACUGUUAAGCUCAUAUCUUACACCAGAGAUUAAUGCUUUAUUUAAUGGAUUAUGCUUCAAUUAUGAAGGAAAGAUUAAAAUGGUGACCGAAUAUGCAGGUGUUCUUCCCAAAAUACAACUUGAAGCGCGGCAGGUGUAUGAACGGUUCGAUGCAUCUUCUAUUGCCGAAGCUGAUGAUGCCCGCUUUGAUUAUUUCUGCAACAAGGUAUAUCCAAAGAUUCAGGACUUGGAUGAGGGAGGAUUGCUGCUCUUCGUUAGUUCGUACUUUGAAUAUAUUCGAAUAAGCAAUUUCUUAAAAUCUAAGGAAGCGUCUUUUUGUCGAAUUGGAGAGGCUACAUCACAACAAGACAUAUCUCGGUCAAGACUCUGGUUUUUUGAGGGCAAGAAAAAGAUCUUGCUUUAUAGUGAGAGAUCUCACUUCUACCACCGAUAUAAGAUCAGGGGUACAAAUCAUUUGCUAAUUUAUUCAUUGCCAGGGAGAAAAGAAUUUUAUCCAGAGCUUGUAAAUAUGCUAGGCGAAUCAGAAAACCGGAAGUGCAAUGUCCUUUUUUCUCGUCUGGACCUUCUUAAGUUAGAGCGGAUUGUCGGGACAUCUUCUGCACGAAGGUUGAUUUCCUCUGACAAGAGCAUGUUUGUCUUCUGCUGAUGUAGACAUGUAGUUGCCUAAUAGGUUUGUGGCCAUCAGAGCAAUUAAGUUUUGUUAGCACUACAUGCUCUUAUGGCUAUUUUUCCUAGCUCGCCGCAGUGGCAAUUCAUCUGCGAAGUUGCUGUAAACUCACCACUCCAGAAAUAUUCGCUUGCUAGUAACAGUAAUUCAUCAUGCCUUGGAAUUGAUUGUUGAUUCGAUAUUGUCUACUCUACAUAUUUAUACAUGAGAAAGGAAGGGCUACAGCAGAUGGCUGUUGACACUUUGA